UUCAACAUACAAUGGCAGAAAAACCCUUGACAGACUGGGACAGUGGUCUCCUUGACUGCUUUGAGGAUACAAAUACUUGCUGCUAUGGAUUCUGGUGCUGUCCCUGUCUCGCCUGCACUGUUUCAGGAAGAUUUGGAGAGAACAACUGUCUCCCUUUAUGUGAUAUAUGUGGCUCUGGUGUAUUAGCAGUCUUUGGGAUACCUGUUUGUGUUCCUCCUGCAGUUUUGUCUAUAAGAGCUGCCAUGCGAAACAGAUAUGGCAUCAAGGGCUCUCUCUGUAAGGACAUUGCAAUUUCCUGUUUCUGCGAAUGGUGCUCCUGGUGUCAGAUGCAUCGCGAGUUAAAGCAUCGCAAGAACACACCAACUGUCAUCAACUUACACAAUAACACUGUCAUCAACAUGCAGCCUAUUCCAACUGUCCAGCCAGGAGGGACGAUGAUGCCUGCGCAACCAGUUGCAACUGGUUUCAUGACUCAACCAGGAGUUGUCAUUCACUAA